AUGGCUUCCAAAUUCUCAUUUCUUAUCCUAUUUCCCAUUUUAUUACUUUCUCUCAUCAUGUCACGCGCAACAUUUGCGCGUGACUUCUCCAUCGUGGGAUAUUCCCCCGAUGACUUGAAUAGCAUCGAUAACAUCAUCAAUCUCUUCGAGACGUGGAUGGAGAAACACAACAAGAUUUACAAGAGUAUUGAAGAGAAAUUGCAUAGAUUUGAGAUUUUUAGAGAUAAUUUGAAACACAUUGAUGAGAGGAACAAUAUUGUUAGUAAUUAUUGGCUUGGUUUGAAUGAUUUUGCUGAUUUAAGCCAUGAUGAAUUCAAGAAAAUGUAUUUAGGACUCAAAGUUCAAAAUGAAAAGAGAUCAAAUGAUGAAUUUAUUUAUAGUGAUUUUGUGGAUUUGCCUAAGUCUGUUGAUUGGAGAAAAAAAGGUGCUGUGACUGAUGUCAAAAAUCAAGGCUCAUGUGGUAGUUGUUGGGCGUUUUCGACGGUAGCGGCGGUAGAGGGAAUAAACCAAAUAAAAACAGGGAAUUUGACAUCUUUGUCUGAACAAGAGUUGAUUGAUUGUGAUACAAAAUACAAUAGUGGUUGCAAUGGUGGCCUUAUGGAUUAUGCUUUUCAAUUUAUUGUUUCACAAGGUGGUCUUCACAAAGAGGAUGACUAUCCUUACCUCAUGGAAGAAGGCACUUGUGAUGAAAAAAGAGACGAAAGUGAAGUGGUGACAAUAGAUGGUUACCAUGAUGUACCUGCCAAUGAUGAACAAAGUUUGUUGAAAGCUCUUGCUAACCAACCUUUGAGUGUUGCCAUUGAGGCUUCUGGUAGAGAUUUCCAAUUCUACAAAGGGGGUGUGUUUGAUGGACAUUGUGGAACAGCAUUGGAUCAUGGAGUGGCAGCAGUUGGAUAUGGAUCCACAAAAGGGUUGGAUUACAUAAUUGUGAAGAAUUCUUGGGGGGCAAAAUGGGGAGAAAAAGGUUUUAUUAAGAUGAAGAGAAAUACUGGUAAAGCCUCAGGUCUUUGUGGAAUCAACAAAAUGGCUUCUUUCCCUACCAAAAAUAAGUGAAAAAAAAAUAUUUGUAAUUUUUUUUCUUCUAUUUGUUGAAUGUUGUUUCAUUUGUUGUUUGAGCAUUAUGUUGUAUUUUGUUAAGGGACUAUCCAAUGUAUAAUUCAAAGAAAUUCUAUACUACAUUCCCUCGGUUUUAUUUUA